AUAAAUAAUCGAUGAAAAAAAAAGAACAAUUGAAGAAAAAAAAAAAAAAAAAAGUUUAAAAGGGUAAAUAUAUGAAAAUGAAAAUCUCGACCACUCCUUGACGUCUGCGAUUUCUGAGUCGCGACACAUAUUAAAUUCCCAUGUUUCACCCAUAAAAUCCCCCGAAAAUCCAGCUGUAGCAAUUCACAGCAGUGUCUUGACACUAGGUGAUACAUGCUACAUGGAGUUUUUGGUUCGAAACAAGGUAAGUACGCGAUAAUCGUUAAAGUCAUGGCGCCUGUAAUUCUGCUCUCGCGUGCUCUCACCUCCAGAUAGGGUUUUGCUGUUUAAAUUUUUUUUUUUUUUUUAAUGCCCCCCUGUUCAAAAAUUUUCUUCCCCCAGAAAAUUGAGAUUUUAAGCUUUCCAUGCAUAUCGGACAAUUUUGAAAUUUGGCCAAAUUGGGGGUCUGAGGCCGGAACCUCAAGUCACAUGAGUGACUUGAGUGACAAGCAGUAUUAUGCAUUUUUAUAUCUAUUGCAAAAGUAGAACAUCUUUAUUUAAAUAUGUCAAAGAUUAAAUCUAAAUACUAUCAAAUACAAUAUUCACUUUUUGUAAUGCAUUUUUAAUCUUAAAAAUAUGUCGACAAAAACAAGUUUACUUUGCAGUAUUUGCAAACAACGCUUGUUCAUGCAUCACUAUUUGUUGGAAUUUAGUGCGUCCUCCUUCGCUUUCUCCGAUUGGUUAGUGAACCUGUCAAUCAAACAGUUUCCAUGGUUACUGCAAGCUCUCCGAGGAGAGUCGUUAGUGAACCGCUGACAAAUGGAAAGCCCAACACAGACUGAUAACUUUGGCACGAUGAGCUGCUCCGAUGCGUUUUUUCGACUAAACUUUGUUUAAUUUUCAUUCCUAUUCAUAGUUUUCACUUCAAUGCAGAUUUAACGUGCUUUUUGUCCGGUCCGUUGUUUAUUCGGCCAGUUAAGCGUGUACAAAACGUAACUUCUUUGAUAAUAACGUUUUCGUUUGAACUUCGUCAUGAUCCCCGAAUGUCCAAGUGCCGUGGAGACGGUCAGUGGGACCAAACACCAGCACAUCCCGCCGGCCGAACCGAACCAGAGCUCCAUCGUUGGUGGUUUGUUGACCGAUAUUACCACGACUAUCAAGAAAGAACCUUUCACCGACCAUUUCACGAUUUUACCUGGCAAAGAGCUCGGGAGGGGCAAAUUUGCUGUGGUCCGAAAGUGCGUGAAGAAAUGCACAGGUCAAGAAUACGCCGCUAAGUUCAUGAGAAAGAGACGAAAAGGUCGCGACUGUCGUAUGGAGAUCAUCCACGAGAUUGCGGUGCUUGAGCUAGCAACAGACAGUCAACGGGUCGUCAGUCUACACCAGGUCUAUGAAAUGGCUUCAGAGAUGGUGCUGGUCCUUGAGUUUGCUGCUGGAGGAGAGAUCUUCAACCAGUGUGUGUCCGAUCAGGAGGACGAGGCUUUCAGCGAGAUUGAUGUCAAGAGGCUCAUGAGACAGAUCCUGCAAGGAGUCUCUUUCCUACAUCAGAGAAGUGUUGUCCAUCUUGACCUAAAGCCUCAAAAUAUCCUCUUGACCAGUACUUCUCCUCUGGGUGACAUCAAGAUUGUGGACUUUGGUCUGUCUCGCAUCGUCAGCAACCACCAGGAGCUCAGAGAGAUUAUGGGAACUCCCGAGUAUGUUGCUCCAGAGAUUCUAAAUUACGAGCCUAUAAGCACAGCAACGGAUAUGUGGAGCGUUGGUGUUUUGACCUAUGUGAUGCUGACAGGACUCUCUCCCUUCCUGGGCAAAGACAAGCAGGAAACCUUCCUCAACAUCUCCCAGAUGAACAUCAGUUACGACGAGGAGGAGCUGCAAGACUUGGACCAGGCCGUGUCCUUCAUCAAGAGUCUUCUUUGUAAACAGCCACAGUUUCGAGCCACAGCCGAGCAAUGUCUCCAACACCCGUGGCUUCAACCCGAAGAACCUCAGGAAACUGCAACAUGCAAUAAACCUCUCCCGCUGGAAGUCCUCGAUACAACUAGCACAAACGGCGUCUCUACUAGUUGCCCGGAAAGCCCUACUUUGACUACUCCUAGUCCAAACACGGUUGAGGAGGAAGAUGAAGGUCCAGUGACUGAGGACCUCAUCGUCGUGGCCGCGUACACCCUGGGCCAGUGCCGACAGUCAUCGGCUACAGAGAAGGAAGCCCUGGUCACCGACAAGAAGGCCAACUCUAAGCGCUUCAAGUUUGAGGAGCCGUUUAGUGUCCUCCAGGAGGUCCCUGGAGAGUUCAUUUACUGAAACUUCCAUUUUAAAAUUAGCUCUCAAAAAAGGUGAUCGAGCCAGGAAAAUGUGGCUAAAUUGAAUUGACAAUGAUUAUAUGUCAACCGCUUUUCACAUUUUGUAGCACGGUCUACAUCUCUCUGUUGUAAUUCAUGUUUCUUAUAUAUGUGUACAUUCAUAUCCAUAACGUUUCACACAGAAAAACAGAAUUGUAUUGAAUAUUUAAAUUCAUUUUUGAAGUGGCCGCUCUACAAUGUAUCUGCAUGCCUGAUCCUAUUCAACCCUAACACACCCGUAGAUUACCUUUAAUCCCUCAACUAGCUCUUGAAGUGAUAAUCCGCAAUUAUACACACACUUGUAAUAUUAAACUGUGACUGAAUCCAGAUGUACACAGUCUGGACACAAUUUAUGGUAACCACUUAAACCAGUUUUUUGUAACAUUUUCUGUAAUAAGAACGUGUCAUAAUAGGUACCUGAACUAUAUCAGAUUUAGAUUUUGCAAUUUUUUCCUAAUUGAAAAGAAGAAAUUAAGUAUUUUGGGCAUUGUGGCCAAACAGUUUCAUCAAAUGCAUUUUGUCUUUGUAAAUGUUGUUAUUGUGAAUGAUUGUUGUUAACAUGUGACAUUUAAAACUAAAGCAAAAUACACAAUGGGAAAUUUAAAUAAUAAGGGAUUAACGUCUUCAUUUUCGUACAUAAUAAAUUCAUGGAUUUUGUAAGUGGGCAAAGGAAGUUGGCAGCACCCUCUAUUGUUCAAACAAGAUAAUUACCUACAGUUAUGAAAAAAAUAUACUUUUUUUUUUUUUUUUUUUUUUUUCAAUUUAAAUGAUAAA